AUGAUAGCUAAAACAAUUCAGACAAGGCCACCUACUGGGGUACCAUUUUGCGAAAAGCACUUUCAAUCAUUUAUAUUCAACUACAUCACGCAACAGAUCCAAAUCGAGCAGUUGACAUCAACAAGAGCGAUACAGUCGGGUCCAACUCGAAUUCAACCACGAAGAGUCGCAAAAGAUAAGCAUCCUCUUGGAAAGAUCACGAAGAAGCGCGAGGCAGACGGGGAUUUGCCAAAAUCUACAACAAGGAAACGGAAAACUAACUAUACAGCCCAGAGCUCGAGGAGGUGGAAUGCAUUCAUCACAUUGGUGCAGCAGCAGGUGAAGGAGAGGAGAGAUGCUACAGAAGGCGAAGAAUUCAGCUGUCCCUUUGGACCUACUCCCUGGGCAUGCAAAAUGUGCAUAUCCAAGACAGGCGAAUCAACUGAAGAAAACCUGCUGUUUAUGGGGGAGCACACGGCACCUUGGGCUAACAUGGCACCUGUUAGGCGUCCUCCAAGGCUUAACAUAUGGAAAGACUUUGGGAUAGCAGAGUUUCAGACGUCUCACUGUGAAGUAUCAGGAAAUAACCAGAAGAUCAAGAACUUUACGAGACACUAA